AUGCCGGUCAAACCGGGCCCACCGCCUCCGAUCCCACCUCUCCGUCCUCCCGAAACCAUUUGCAUCCCGUCUCGUUCAAAGACAUCAGAAGGAAUAUCGAAAAUAACCUUCACGCAAUACACGGACGAGGACAAACAACUUCCCGAAAUUUCCCUUCUGAUUAAACAGCAACUCAGCGAACCGUAUUCGAUAUUCACGUACCGAUACUUCUUAAACCAGUGGCCACAGCUGACGUUUCUCGCGUACGAUUCUGAAGAGAAUAAAUGCAUCGGGACGGUGGUGUGUAAGUUGGACGACCACCGAGGGUCGUUUCGAGGGUACGUGGCGAUGUUGGUGGUUGCACCAGAGAUGAGAAAAGUUGGACUCGGGUCUAUGCUCGUGGAGAGAGCGCUGGAAGUGAUGCACGAGAUGGGCGCGGACGAGUGCGUGUUAGAGGCGGAGAGCACGAACGCAGGGGCGCUGAGGUUGUACGAGAACUUGGGGUUUAUUCGGGAUAAACGGUUGCGACGGUAUUAUUUGAGCGGAACGGAUGCGUUUCGGUUAAAGUUGUGCUUCCCGAUGCCGCCGGAGGGAGAAGAGGAGGAGUUUAUAUGA